AUGCCUACACUGCAGGUCAGCAGUUGCAGCGAUUAUAAGAACAAACGGCUAAAGAGGGCACUGAUUAAAUCCUUGUCGUUAGAUAAGAAGACUUUUGUGACUAAUCUUCUGCCGUCCGAUCAUCCGACUUUUUUGCGGCAAAUUUGCUUGGAGGGAGAAAGGAAUGAAGCAGAGGAAGUGAGUUUGGAAAGAAAGAUGUUAGGUUGUUCUACAGGUUUUUUGCCAGCACCUCCAUUGUUGCCUUCUUUGGACAUGAAUUCCAAAGGGGUCACAAGGAGCAAAACGUUCGCUGCGAAAGAGAAGCCAAGUUCUGGGGGGUCUAAGAAAUUGCUUGUUCACAGCAGAUUUUAUUUCCCAUCAAGAAUCUCAACUAAUGAUAGGGUACAACGUGGUUCCGUUAUCUCAGCAGUUUUGACAGAUGACUCAACAAUGACAACUGUUGGGGAAGACAAUGAAAAUAUCGGUCUUUUGAGCAUGGAUCCUGGGUUGGAAUCAUUUAAAGAUCACUUCAGAUAUAGAAUGAAAAGAUACAUGGAUCAGAAAAGGCUAAUUGAACAACAUGAAGGAGGGCUUGAGGAUUUUGCACUAGGAUAUCAGAAAUUUGGAUUUAAUAGAGAAGAAGGAGGCAUUGUCUACCGUGAGUGGGCCCCUGCAGCUCAGGAAGCACAGAUUAUCGGGGAUUUCAAUGGAUGGGAUGGUUCGAACCACAGGAUGGAAAAGAAUGAAUUUGGUGUUUGGAGUAUUAAAAUACCUGAUUCUGGUGGAAAUCCAGCCAUUCCUCACAAUUCAAGGGUCAAGUUCCGAUUCAUGCAUGGUAAAGGAAUUUGGGUUGAUCGAAUACCUGCUUGGAUUAAAUAUGCUACUGUGGAUACUACACGUUUUGGAGCACCAUAUGAUGGUGUGCACUGGGACCCACCAACUUCAGAAAGGUAUGAAUUUAAGUUCCCUCGGCCUCCCAAACCCAAUGCCCCACGCAUAUAUGAGGCUCAUGUUGGAAUGAGUAGCUCAGAACCCUGUGUUAAUUCCUACAGAGACUUUGCUGAUAAUGUUUUGCCUCGUAUACGAGCAAAUAACUACAACACAGUACAACUAAUGGCCGUAAUGGAGCAUUCCUAUUAUGCAUCAUUUGGUUAUCAUGUUACAAACUUUUUUGCUGUUAGCAGCAGAUCUGGGACUCCUGAGGACCUUAAGUAUUUAAUUGAUAAAGCCCAUAGCUUGGGUAUAUGUGUCCUGAUGGAUGCUGUCCACAGUCAUACAAGUAACAAUGUCACUGAUGGUCUCAAUGGUUUUGACGUUGGCCAAGGUGCUCAAGAAUCCUAUUUUCACACUGGAGAUCGAGGCUACCAUAAGUUAUGGGACAGUAGACUCUUUAAUUAUGCUAAUUGGGAAGUUCUUCGCUUCCUUCUAUCCAACUUGAGGUGGUGGCUUGAGGAGUUCAAAUUUGACGGGUUUCGAUUUGAUGGAGUAACUUCCAUGUUGUACCAUCACCAUGGAAUCAACAUGGCAUUCACUGGAGAUUAUAAUGAGUACUUCAGUGAGGCAACGGAUGUUGAUGCUGUUGUUUACUUGAUGCUGGCUAAUUAUCUGAUACAUAAUAUCUUGCCAGAUGCAACUGUGGUUGCUGAAGAUGUUUCUGGUAUGCCUGGACUUGGUCGUCCUGUCUCUGAGGGUGGAGUUGGAUUUGACUACCGCCUGGCAAUGGCCAUCCCUGACAAAUGGAUUGAUUACUUGAAAAACAAGAGUGAUCAAGAGUGGUCAAUGAAUGAAAUCUCCUGGAGCUUAACUAAUAGGAGAUACACUGAGAAAUGUGUUGCUUAUGCCGAGAGCCAUGACCAAUCCAUUGUAGGUGACAAGACUAUUGCCUUCCUCCUGAUGGAUAAAGAAAUGUAUUCUGGCAUGUCUUGCUUGACAGAUGCUCCACCUACUAUUGAUCGAGGGAUUGCUCUUCAUAAGAUGAUACAUUUUAUAACUAUGGCACUAGGAGGCGAAGGAUACCUUAAUUUUAUGGGAAAUGAGUUUGGCCAUCCUGAGUGGAUUGACUUCCCCAGAGAAGGCAACGGAUGGAGUUACGAAAUGUGUAGACGCCAAUGGAAUCUCGUGGACUCUCCGCAUUUGAGAUACAAGUUCCUGAAUGCAUUUGACAGAGCUAUGAACUUGCUUGAUGAAAAAUUUUCAUUCCUAGCGUCUACGAAGCAGAUUGUGAGCAGCACAAAUGAAGAAGACAAGGUUAUUGUCUUUGAGCGUGGAGAUCUGGUUUUUGUGUUCAAUUUUCAUCCGGAGAAUUCAUAUGAUGGGUAUAAAGUUGGGUGUGAUGUGCCCGGGAAGUAUAGAGUUGCACUGGACAGUGAUGCCUUGGAAUUCGGUGGACAUGGAAGAGUGGGUCAUGAUGUAGACCAUUUCACAUCUCCUGAAGGGAUACCUGGAGUACCUGAAACAAAUUUCAACAAUCGUCCCAACUCCUUCAAAGUACUCUCACCAGCCCGCACAUGCGUGGUUUACUAUAGAGUCGAAGAAAACGAAGAAAGUCACGACCAUGAUGAUGAGAUGAGCACGAACGAGCUAUUAGCUGCUGGUGCUAAAGAAAAGCAAGAGGAUCUCGAAGAAGCUCCCGCCCAGAAGGUCGGAAAACCACCUUCGGUUGAUGAUGACGAUGACGAUGCAUCAUCAGAUGAGAUUAGCGAUGAUGCAUCAUCAGAUGAUUGA